AUGGAUUUUAUGAACCAAAUGUAUCAUGAUUUAAAGUUCCAUGUCAAUCAUUUCAUUGUGGGUUAUAGGCAAAAGUAUUACAGUAUGGAUAAUAACCCUAGGGUCAUUCAUACAAAAUUAGAAAACCAACAACUUCUUUCCUUGAGAACAUUUCCAAAUGACAAACUGCUUAUUAGUAAAGGUCAACACUUUUUACAUUUGAAUAGAAAACUCGAUCAUGAAAAUGAAGAACCCGGGAAUUUAUCACCAUCAUCUUCUUCUUCAUCAUCAUCAACAAUAAACUCACUUGAUAACGUGGUUAAAAGAGAAUUUAUUGCUUUUGAAAAUUAUAAAAAUGUCACUUUUAGAACUCAUAAUUCCUUGAUUCUUAAGAAAAACUAUAGUGAACCAAACCUUGUUGAUGGAUACUUUCUGUCGUUCCGAUUAGAUUUAGAAAUGAGUGGAUCAUCAAGUGAAGCAGAUGCAAGCGGCGAAGAAGAGGUGGGAGAUAAAGGAGAAGUCAAAGAAGGUGAAGAAGAAGAAGGAGAACAACAACAACAGGUAGUUUCAGAUCAACCGUUGAUUAGUUUGGAGACAGAAACACCUGGUGUAACAGAUUGUACAUCUUCCACUCCAUGCACGUGUCAAUGUCAUGUAUUUGAAAAACCAGCAAUGGAAUCAACUAUUUCAUCAACAAGAAAAUCCAACCACGUCAAGGAUAAAUUGUACAACUUUGUCAUGAAUAGUUUGCCUAGAGUUUCAGGCAAUAGUAAUAAUAAUGAAACCACCUGUGAUAGCAAUGAUAUCAAAGUGAAAGAGGAAACUCAUGUUGUACCACCAGCACCUCAACAAGCAGAGAAUAGUAUUGAUGAAAUCAUGUCCAUGAAACAAGAUAACAAUAAGAUUUGGAAAUUAGUUUUAAAUGACAUUUCUUUAUCGGCAGCUAGAUUAUCUACAGGAAGUGGUACUAUUCCUAUGGUUAACAACCAAAACAUUAGAGGUGAUUUUAUUGAUGCUAGAAUCAUGAAUAACGAAAAUGAAGAUAUCUUCACUACAAAAAGUGUCCCACCAUCAAAAUAG